AUGGCCGAUGUUCGAAUAGCAGUCCUCGUCGUGAUCACAUCCAUUGUGCUCUUCGGAACGCUCUACUCGGUCGUCAAUAGCACCUACCUCGACACCUCCAACCCUCUCCUCACCUACCUCCCCCAUCCCCUCCACAGCACCCACUACUUCGCCUCCAAGGGCAACAUCCUCAACGUCUACUUUAUCAAACGCGUCUGGGGCUGGACCUCCGCCGCCUUCCUCGCGCACUACCUCACCAGCCCGCCCGCCGCACGCACCAAGGAGCGCGUCCUCCAGUUCCUCGCCGCGACCGCCGUCUGGCUCACCUUCACCGGCUGGUUCUUCGGCCCCGCCGUGCUCGACCGCCUCGUCGCGUUCACCGGCGGCGAGUGCGUCCUCGGCCUGCCCUCCGGCGACGUCGUCUCCGUCCCAGCCGACUACUGCUACACCAAGUCCACCCUGUCCGUCGCCACGCACCCCGCGCUCUUCCCCGCGGCACUCCUGCUCCCCGAGGACGGCUGGCGCGGGCGGCCGCGCCUGCGCCGCGGGCACGACGUCUCGGGGCACGUCUUCCUGCUCACGAUGUCGACGCUGCUCCUCGCGGACCAGCUCCGCGCGUCGUUUGGCCGCGCAGUGGGGCGCUGGUCGGCGCCACACUGGUGGGCGAUGGCGUUCGGCGUCGGCGUCGUAGUGCUUGAGCUGCUCGCGGUGUACACGACGAGCGUGUACUUCCACACGCCGUUCGAGAAGCUCACGGGCUACUUGCUCGGCGUGGCUGGGUUUGCUAUCACACAGCUGCCGGUUUUCCAGCCCGCCCCAGAAGCCGUGGUGGUCUCAAACAGAGAGGUGCCAAGGGAAGCCGGAGAGAAGGCUGAGAUCGCGAAGCGGCAAUAG